GUGUCCCUUCAGGCCUCUAAACAUGUCAGAAACCCAUCAACUCCAAGUAUCGUACUACAAGUCCAUCAGGAUGAUGGUUCUGAACUGGGGCUCCGCUUUCGAAAAGUGUACGAUGAAACCUUCACGCAAAGCGCAGACUCAGAUGUGUUUUCACACCUCAGCCCAACAGCGCUUGUUGUGCAUGUCAGGACUGAACGGGGAGAUACGUUCGUAUGGGAUGUUCGCGCGCUGGAUGAAAAACCUGUCUGCAUCCCCUCUCUUGACGAACCGUUUACAGGACAAUGCUUUGCCAGUAAAACGCAUCUAGUGGCCAUUCACAGCACCUCGGUACCACACGCCAUGCGCAUAUACGCCAGGCCUCUUUCGUCUGUCUUCGUGGGGAACGGUCGCGUUAGUGCCUCAAUGACCAUUGAAAACAGAUGUCUCCUCUUCGCCACCAUUCUGCGCGACUCGGUCGUCGAUCGUGAAACAGGAAACACAGACAUUGUCAUUAUUGGCACACAGUACGAGCCGGUGCACCCACACCAGAGUACGGUCAUAGUUGCUCGACUGUCUAUCCCGUCUGAAGGCGGACCGGUAUCAGACGGCGACUGUGGUACUCUCUCGCUGUCGAUCCAGACGCUCAAGCGUUUUGACAAGACCAUGAAUCUCAUCCUCACCCCAGCGUGGAAUGGCUCCACGCGAAUCGCUUAUUGUGACCUUCAAUCUGUGUUUGGUGUUUCCCAGGUGAUGUACGACGACGAAACGCAAACGGCUAGCAUGGUGUCGACUCCAGAGACGUUUGGUGCAAAAAUGGGUAUCCAGGAUCACUUCCGCAAUCCGGAUAUUGUGUUAGAAUCGCUUGAGAGCGAGCCGUGGUCGGGAAGGCUAGCGUAUACGUACCAGUCACCUGAAGAUGAUACAGGAGAACAACGCAUGCUUUGCGUCCUGGACUUUGUUUAG